AUGUCCUCAGAACGUGAAGAUGAGUUAUUAAAAUAUGGACUGGUUAAUCCAAGGAAUGUUCUCAAUCGCACACUGAGACAUUCUAGUUUUUCUGAAUCCGAUGAACCAACGAAGUGUGAAUUACAAGAGGCUUUAUUGAAUGCAGUUGGUCAACUGGAUCGUUUAAGAAAACACCGUAUAAAUCAAAAAACACGUAUUGAUAAAUUACAAGAACGAUUAGAUCAUAUGGGUACUGAACUGGAUUCCAGUGUAGAUACUAUUCGUCAUCAUCAAAGAAAUUAUGAAGCACAAAAACGUAGAACUACUAUGGAGAUUACUCAUUUACGUAAUCAAUUAGCUAAAGCAACUGCUUUAUUAGAACAGUUGAAAUUAUUCUUCAGUAAAACAAAUCUGAACACUAGUUCUUUGGACCACAAUAUGCGAGUUGUGAUUGAGAAUUUACUAAGAAAUGUACACACAAAUAAUGAACUGCAAGAUGUAGAUACUUUAAGUAUCGACGAUUUAAAACUGAGAUUAUCUAUUGCUCAAAAUGAGCUUACUCAAUUGCGAUUAGAUAUGGCACGUCAAAGAGAAGAUGAUGAUCGUGAGGCAUCAAGACUUCGGGGUCAGUUAGCUGAAGCAAAUUCAAAUGCAAGAGCUUUACGGAUGCAGUUAAAUCGCCUUAUACCACAAAGCAUUUCUUCAAGCAAACUUAAUAGUUUGGUGAAUACAAACUCAUCUGAUUCCUCAAGCUGUACAAAUUGUCAAAAACUUCAACGUCUCAACGAUGUUUUACAACGUAAACAAUCUAAAAUGAACCCGUUUCCUGAUUUAAUCGAUCAUCAAGGGAAUAUAAUAAAUCAUCAGAAUUUUGUUUGUGAGGACAGUGCCUUUAAGAAGAAAGCAAUACACAAGUCACACUUUAUGGACAGUUUCGUUCAAACAGAUUUGUUGAAUGAUAUUCCCGCAACUGAUUUUAUCCAAAAGGUUGAUGUAGCUAUUGACCCUAUUGGUGGAUACGAUAACAUCUCACCACAUCUCCCGGUUGAAAAUUGUAAAUAUGUUCAAACGGAACCAUUCAUCAUAGGUAAAUUUUAGACGUUCAAUCCUCCUGUUAUUUGGUUUUUGUUAUUUCAUUUUACGGACUAUAUCUUUUGUUAAAUUCUGCAGUCUGCUCAACCUGAAACAUCCUGAUCACGAAUAUGAAUGUCCCAUAAUUAGAGAAUUUAGUAGGCAAUAAGAAUUUAGUGAUGACAAUGAUCGUUUGAUUUAUACAUUUUGUUGUAAUUUUCCCUGUCGAUAACUGCGGUGUAUUGGAUUUGAGCCUAUUUACACGUAUAUGUAUUCAGAUUAAGUUUAUACUCCAGUUAUCAUUUAUUUGCAUUUAUCUUUACAAAGGAAAGAAAUCAGAGUACUUGUGG